UGAUGCCUCAAGAGCGCAUCACAGGACGACAAAACCCCACUGCAAGACGCAGUGCCAGAAUAGAGCAGCUUUGGCACGAGAGCUUGUUUCCUGUAGAAGUUUACAGGAAAGAAACGGAGGAGAUCGACCACGCGAAUCCUCAGACACACUUCUUGUCAUGCAGGAAUCCUCCUGAUCAUCUCUGCUGGCUCGAGCGCAGAGACAAUGUAGUGGAGGAAAGAGAGUGAGAGAGAGAGAGAGAGAGAGAGAGAGAGAGAGAGAGAGAGGGGAUCUCCACCGCUGGAAAGAUCUGGGGAUGCAUGGACACGGUUAUGGGUGAUUAAUGUCAUUUUGCAGCAGCAAAGCAAGAAUGGAUAUGUGCACAAAAAGUGGGGAUAAGUGAGUUUCGGGGCCCACAGGAUGGACACUGCGGAGGUAAUUCUCUCUGUGCUGGUGGUUGUGAUUAUUAUAGUGUCGUUGCUGUCCAACGUCCUGGUGCUGAUCUGCUUUCUGUACAACCCGGAGAUCCGCAAGCAGGUUCCCGGUCUGUUCAACCUAAAUCUCACCUUCUGCAACUUGUUGCUGACCGUGUCCAACAUGCCGCUCACUUUGGUGGGACUUGUCAGCAAGGCUCAGCCGGGAGGAGACGGCUUCUGUCAGAUCGUGGGAUUCCUGGAGACCUUCCUGUCCACCAACUCGAUGCUGAGCAUGGCAGCUCUGAGCAUCGACAGGUGGAUCGCGGUGGUGUUCCCACUGAGGUACCACUCCAAAAUGCGCCACAAAGACGCGGCGUUUGUGCUCGGGUACACGUGGGCGCACUCCAUGUCCUUCUCCACCGUGGCCACCUGCCUCUCCUGGGUGGGAUACCACCGGCUUUACGCGUCCUGCACGCUCUCCAACCCCAGAGCGAGCAGUCGGACCCAGUUUGUUAUCUUCACCGUCUUUUUCCACUCCUUCACCUUUCUCCUGUCUUUUAUAGUGUUAUGUGUCACAUACCUCAAAGUGCUUAAAGUGGCGAGGUUUCACUGUAAGAGGAUCGACGUCAUUACAAUGCAAACUUUGGUGCUGCUGGUGGAUAUACACCCCAGCGUUCGUCAGCGUUGCUUGGAGGAGCAGAAGAGGCGACGACAGAGAGCGACGAGGAAGAUCAGCACCUUCAUCGGCACCUUCAUGCUCUGCUUCGCUCCCUAUGUGAUCACAAGGAUCGUGGAGUUAUUUCCAGCGGUGCCUAUCAAUCCUCACUGGGGAAUCGUCUCCAAGUGCUUAGCUUAUAGCAAGGCGGCCUGCGACCCCUUCGUGUACUCCCUGCUUCGACAUCAGUACAAGAAGACGUGCACUGACAUCAUCAACAGGCUGCUGAAGCGCAGCUCCCUGAACACGUCCGGGCGUGGGCACGAGAGCCAAGGCAACAGCAUACCGACGGCAGAGUGACAAGAGAGAGGAAUGAUGGGAUGGGAUGGCGGUGCGAGGGGUUGACCCCUGGAAACUGUCAGGGAAAUAUGAAGCUGAUUUAUCGUCAAUGAAAAAGAGGAUAAAUAUUGGUUGUUCCUGUCCACGUCUGCUUGAAUUUGGUCUGACAUGCCAAAAAAAAGAAAGAAAAAAAGAAGAGAGAGAGUCACUACAGACAAGGGCAAAUCCCUGCACAGGAAUACCACUGUGCUUGCAUACUGAGUGCCCAGAACAGCAGAUCAGUGCAGUGAACUUGCUGCGAGGACAUUAAACAAUGGCAGAUUUCACAUCCACCUGGAGAGACAGAUGUGCUCACCCAAGAAGAACGGCCAGUUCACAGCCUCAUUAUUUCAAACUAGAGUAGCUUUCAGCCUUACAGGAGAUAUAUUGAGUUUGCAGUAUAUGUUUGUUUUGACAUUACUGUAGUUAUAUAUUCAUUUUUUUUUUUUUAAAUGGCAAUGGCUGUAUAUCUGUUUUAGUCUGUGCAAAGUGUUUGCAAGUGAUAAGUUGAUACUGUAUGUAGCACUGAAAUCUAGCCUAACCAAAAUUAAUUAUAUAUCGCAUCCCCUAAUUGUAUAACAGAUGGAAACAUACAGUAUAGCAGACAGUGUCGCUGCACAGCCCGGCUCAGGUUUUUUUUUUUUUUUUUUACAGGACUGAUGGGGUAAAACACACUAACUGUUAAAUAAGGUCUUUGACUACUUUUAUUUCUUAGUACAUUCCUCAGUAGUGUAAGGGCCAAGGGAAAGAAAAAGCAAGAUUAGCCUUUGUGUUUUCAUGUGUAUAAACACAUUGCCAUUGUUUAUGCUUUCAGCACCCAUUUUGAAGAACUUACUGACCCAGGCCAAGCAGAGUUUUAAUGGGAAAAAUGGGCCUUCAAAACCGACUGCCUGCCUUCGCUGUCAUGACUGACAUGUGCCCCUCAGGUUGUUUAGUCAAGUGGAGCGUGACCAACUGUACUUGCCCGGGUUGUUAUUCACAGAGAGGGGUAAUGCAUAGAGACUGCUUCAUGCUGUCUCACACAUUUGGUCAAGAAGGGCAGGAAAGGGAAAUGUACAUGAUGUCUGAUGACAUCCUGUGAUAUUCAAUGACAACGACAUGCAAGGAUACAAACAGUUCUUACGACAAAGCAGCUCUGGAAGCAGAAAUCAUCUUUUCGCUCAAGUUAAUAGUAGAGCUAAAGAAACAAUCUCUGCUUUCUGUUUUCUAACACACAGUGAAUGUGCAACUGUGAUAUUUGUGACAGCACCUUGAAAGCAGCUCCUAAUAUAUGUUUGGGCAACCUGGUCACAAUUUUCUCUCACAAUAAAUACAGUUUGCAAAUUACUGGACACGCUAAUAUUAGUUAGGAUGUUAGUCAGACUCAGCGAAGGCAAUCAUCGUGCUCCUAAUCUAGAUUAAUCGCUUGUUUUUGGGUCACCUAACAGACAACAUGUCUGAACUGUGUUGUAUAGUAGCUCGCUCAAAACUACGAAUGACAAAGACCUCUUUUGUCCAUCAGGUUAUCAUAGUAGUUAUGUAUUCUUGUAAGUAGAAGGACUAACAAACUAGCUUGCCAUCAGCUACAGGCUAGUAUAAUCACUAUAGUGGAAGGUCAGCUAAACAAAGAACAAGCCAGCAGUAUGGCUGGAUUGGAACAUCUAAGGUCACUAUCGUAAGCUCUAAAUGUAUGUAUAUAAAUUUCUGUUUCUACCUCAAAACGUGUGUUUUUUCACAGAUUUUUUCAGAUUUAAAAAUUUAAUUUAAAUUAUUUUGCUUCCAGAGCAGCUUUGCCCAUGAAUAACUAAAUCUCCAACUUUAUGGUCAGACGUAUCCAUGGAAAUGAUUACAUUUAUAGCAUUUUUAGAUAGAAGGCAACAAAUUAUCAACAUGUAUAUUUUUUAAUUAGAUGGAUAUCUAUAGAGGAAUAGCAGCUGAACAGAUGCAGAUCUAUACAUUAAUUUAGUCUUAUAGUGAUAAAUAUAUUGUGCUAUAUAGUAAUUUCCAGGCAAUUCUUGAAGACAGGUCAUAAGCCCUCUUGAGUGACAAAGUGUUAUCUGGCUCACUACAUGUUGUCCCUAUUAUGUCCACUUUUCUCUGUAUCAGAAGACAGGUUCGUAUCAGAUGGCUUCUGACUGGGCUCCACUUAGAGUUGACAGACAAAGGUGCUUCAACACUUCAGUUUGGAAAACAGACAAUACAGUAUAAUAUUGUGAGUGUUUAUUUUAAGGAUGUCUGAUUGUCAAGUUUAUACUCUUCAAUUGGGAUUUUUCAAUGAAUUUGGACACAGUGCAUUUAGACUGCACUGUAUAUGUGGGGGACCAACAGUGAGAUACCGCAUCUAUCUACAGUUAGAACACACAGUGCCAAAAUGAUUAAUGAUAUCAAUAUGAAUGACGCCCAGUUAGCCAAAUGUUAGUAGCUGCAGUUCAUUUUCUGAAAGCAUAAGAGAUGAUACAUUAAAAAAAUGACUGGUUAAUAUAUAAUUGCUUUUAUUUUCAUGAGUUUAAGGGUUUAUGAUAAUACAGAGGAAGGAAUGGUUGUUUUGGAUAUGUGAUGCAUUGUGUGGUACUGUAUGGCACUCUGAGACAUCUGAUGCCUUAAAUUCUGUAAUAUAUGGUGGUUUAGACAAUGGCAUUUGGAUGUCUUGAACAAUACAGACAGAAUAAAUCAUUGCCUUAUUCACUUCCAUUCAUUAACAUUACCUAGAUUCCAGCCACUGUAUUUCUGUACCCUAAUUCAGCUUUCCAUGGUAUUUUCUCGCUGAUGUUUUUGCACUGAUGUAGAGUAGUUAUUUUUCUUAUUAACGACGACUAUGGUUAUUGGUGAAAAACAAGCUAAACAUGAAAUGGUAUGUGUCGACAGAUUUAGAUAAAUGACAAAGUGAAAAGUAUUUUUGUGUCUUUUUUGAUAUACGUACAUGUAUUUUAUGACAACACUGUAUUUGUUUGAGUGUUACAGAAUGUGCUGCUUCAAAUGCAAAUUAAGUGUUAACUGUUGUUGAUAGUUGACAAGUGAAGUGAGUGUAAUAUACCUCAUUUUGUUAUGGUGACUGACUUGACAGCCUGAAGUGUUCUGUUAUGUACCUCCUAAUUUAUUAAACCUUCGCUCAAUGCUGCUGCUAAUGAUGGCUAAGAUGACAAACUGAUGAUGAUGGUGAUGAUGAUGACAACAGUAACGACCACUGUUUUGUUUCUGUCAAUGAUGAGAAUAUCUGGUUGUUGAUUGUGAUUGUAAAUGUAAUGUUGGAGAAAAUAAGGAAGAUGACUGUUUUCAGAUUUUGACCAUGAUGAUUAAAGUAAA